AUUAAAGUAUUGUAAUAAUUAAAGAUGAGCAUGCGAUCAUUUGAAAUCUCUGUUAUGCAGGAAGAGACAGUGAAGAAACCUAAUGAUUUAGUAAUUGGUAUUAUAGUUGCAGUGAUUGUUUUGGGAGGAUCAGCUUCGAUUUUACCUUUGGUCGAUGAAUAUAAGGAAGUCGGUGUUUUUUUGAGGACCAUUUGGAGGUGGCAGUUGUUGGUCAUUUAUUGUUUUCCAUGAAGUUUGUAUUAUUUUUAUCUGAAGAGGGAUGACAUGGAUGUGAGGAAGAUAUUUACGGUAGGGACUUGUGUUGAGUUUUUGGCAUCAGCAAUCCUGUGGACUAUAGCAUCAGUUCUAUUUGUAUGGAGCUCUGAGUAUACUCUUGUGUCUCAUUCAGGUUUAUUAGGAAAUCUUGGAGGAGUGUUCAUUGUGUUUCUUAAUUUUGUGAGAUGACUUCCAGUCCAUCGAUUAGAGAUUAUUGGAGCAAUUGUUAUGAUAAUUUUUGCAAUCAUUUUUGUCAAUGAUAAUUCUUCUACUAAAACCAAUGGUCAUACAAAUAUUCUUUUUGGAGAUAUUAUAUCAUUGUGCUCUGCUCCCUUGUAUGGAAUUUAUUAUAUGGUCAGUGCAAGAUUGCUUCAGAAGCUCCCAUCGAUGGUAAUACUUCAAGUAAGCUUUACCAUACAGCUUAUUAUGAACUUGAUUUUCUAUAUCUGCUUCAUGGAUACUGAAAAUUUUUAUUCAUUCGACCCUCAUUUCGGAUUCUUCGGCUGGGCAUCAGAUACUUAUUUGGUGUACUCACUUGUCUUUGUUGGAACAUUUACAGGCUUAGUUGGUGUAGGAGGCUAUGUUUUUAUUCUAAACUUCUUUCCUCCACAUAUAGUUGGAAGUAUUUUAUUAUAAUGGAGCCGGUGCUCGCCCAAAUUCUAGGAUGCAUACUCGGCCAAGACAAUAUGCCUGGCUUCAUCACAUAUCUUGGCUGCUUUGGAAUAACUGUAGGACUGGGAAUCUCAAUAAAAGGAGACCUUGAGAAAUCAAAGAAACAGAUCAAAAACAGCGACCAAAAAUGUCAAACAAGUAAACUUGACGAGGAGAAGCCUCUGCAUUCCUCCCUCAUCCUCUCUCCAGAAGGCAUCCAAUAGCCUAAAUCCCAUUGAUCUCACAUAAAACCUUGCCAAAUUCUGUCUCUAUCCCCUACAUUCAGCCUUUACAUCCUAAAUCUCACCU